AUGUCUUUGAGAAAGGUAAAGCUCCUCCAGAAUCUAGGGGUGAAUAUCGAUUGUUUAAUUCAAGAGUCUCUUCAAGAAACACGUUUUGAGAAUAGUCUUAUUUCCUUCUCGUCUAAUAUCAAUUAUCCUUUCAAUAAAGAAGGUCAAAAAUCAGCUAUUGAAAACAGAAUAAUAAGAGUUGAUGAUUUACUCUAUAGUCAGAAUAGGCAAGCUCUUAUGCAAAUCUGUCACUUUUAUCAUCUCAAUGAUGAAAAUGGCCCUGAAGUUCAAAAUAAUAUUGAGUCGUUAAAAUUCAAAAUAUUCAGAUACUUUGGUAUAAAUAAGCUUCAGAUUGAGAACACAUUGAAAUUAAAUGUCCUAUAUGCUAGAGGCAAAAACCAAAUCACUGAUUACAAAACCAUGCCAUUGACCCCUGUUCCUAAUUUGAGAGGUGAAUUCUUUGGCAAAACCCCUAAAACUUUGCGGGAAUUAAAUGAGCUGAAAUUGGACACAGAGAGAGUUCUUGAGGCACUUUUGGACUUUUAUGGAAUGCCAUAUGAAAAAGAGGAUCUGUUGAAUAAGAAGAUAUGGAAGGUCAAAAUUGCAUUGGGACUUAGGCAGAUUGACGAAGCGUUUGGCUAA